AUGGAGGCCAUCCAUUCGUGGUCGGGAUGGGGACCGCGCUCGAGGGCUCUAACGCAAAUUUCACAACUUAUUUUCCAGUUCCUAGUGGCCAGAAAUCUUUCUCUUGACAUGUCUUUUGUUCCCUCCAACUCGAAUCAGGCGGAUUGGUUUUCUAGGAGGUUGUCUCCCUCGGAUGCUAUGCUUUCGCCGACAUCUUGGGAUCUUGUCCAGCGCCUUUUUGGGGGUGCUAACGGCCAUCUUGAUCUAACGGCCAUCUUGAUCUCAUGUCGCUGGACUCUAAUGCUCAAUGUGAUGGGAAAGGGAACCCGUUGA